CCAUCUUUGACAAUCGAGGAUAAUGGCUGCGGUGCACGAACGAAGAUAACAUCUCAGCACAAGGGACAGGCUUUUGUUGGCAAGUGGGAAAGAUUCAUGGACGCGUGAAGGACGGGCUUAUUUCCAGAACGAUGACGGAGGUUUCCAGGGGCGUGAAAAAGGCGGAUGAAGAACUACGGAGUCGCGAUUGUGCGUCGAGUGAGAUUAGUGUCGCGAACGAGGGAGUGCCGGCCAAUGGAGGUGCGAGAGGGGAAGAGCUGAGCGAUGAGAAGAUGGAAGAUGUUCCACCGAAUGGAGGGUAUGGCUGGGUUUGCGUUGCGUGUGUGGCUAUCAUCAAUGCUCACACCUGGGGACUGAACAGUUCGUACGCCGUUUUCCUGGCCCACUAUCUCGCCAACAACGUCUUUCCCGGCGCCACCCCCCUUAUGUAUGCCUUUAUCGGCGGGUUGUCCAUCUCCAUGGCGCUUGUAGUCUCCCCCGUCGCAACCCUGACGACACGCCUUUACGGCACACGAACCACCCUCCUAAUCGGCGUCGUAUUCGAAGCCGCUUCCUUCAUCGCCGCCUCGUUCGCCUCCAAGAUCUGGCACCUCUUCCUCUCCCAAGGCAUCUGCUUCGGCUGGGGUAUGGGCUUCCAAUUCGUGGGCAGCGUCGUCAUCGCACCACAGUGGUUCACCACGCGCCGCAGUCUCGCGAACGGCUUCGCAGCUGCCGGAUCCGGGAUCGGCGGCCUCGUGUACUCGCUCUCCACGCAAGCAAUGAUCAAGAGCAUCGGGCUACCCUGGGCGUUCCGCACCCUCGGCAUCAUCGCCUUCGUCGUCAACACAACCUGCUCUCUGCUCGUCCGCGACCGCAACAAGCAGAUUGGCAGUACGCAGCUCUCCUUCGACUACCGGCUGUUCAAGCGCCCGCAGUUCCUGGGGCUGCUGGCAUUUGGCUUCCUCUCUAUGCUUGGCUAUGUAGUGCUGCUGUUCUCGCUGCCGAAUUACGCAAGGACUGUCGGAAUGACGGCGUCCCAGGGCUCCAUCAUCGGCGCGGUGCUCAAUCUCGGACAGGCAAUGGGACGACCGCCCAUAGGCUACUUUUCUGACUCGCUAGGACGACUGAAUAUGGCAGCUUCCAUGACCGGUCUGUGCGGCGUCCUAUGCCUCGUCGUGUGGAACUUUGCGAAGAGCUUCGGCGUGUUGAUCUUUUUCGCUAUCUUUGGAGGCGCGGUCGCUGGAACGUACUGGGCCGUCGUUGCUCCUAUCACGACGGAAGUCAUGGGUAUUGUCGACUUGUCGAGCGCACUUUCAAUCACGUGGCUGGUGUUGGCACUGCCGACAACGUUUUCGGAGCCGAUUGGGCUCGAGAUUGUGGCCUUCAAUGGUAACUACACAGGGGCGAUCAUGUUCACGGGUUUUAUGUAUCUCGGGGCUGCGAUUAUAUUGUGGCUCGUACGGGCCUGGAAGAUUGGAGAGGAGGAGGAGAACGAGGCAAAAGUUGGCUCGGGAGUGGUUGUCAGUCCGGUACCUCGUGCUGAUAGCGACGGGCAUUUGUCUGGGAUAUUAGCAAAGUCGCCAUUCUUGAAAAGACUGAUCAUGUGGCGGAAAGUGUAGAUAUAACAGAAGCAUCAGGGCUCACUAAGAAUACAGGCCUAAAGGUGAUUAUACAGCCACAUCUUAUAGAGAAAAUGGCGUCUCUGUACAGGGUACCUAGUUUUUUAAA